CCAACAGGUCGUUUUAUUAUCAAACAUCGCGAACGGACUGAACCAUUUUACCAGUCAAAGUCAAUGCAGUUGCUCUGUCUAUUGAAAGCGCGUUUAUGUCACAGCCGCGAGCCGCUGCAGCUUUAUCGCAGAAAUUUAGAACGUCUGAACUAUGAGGGAGAUGAAUACAGUUUUGGGCAACUUUCGGCGCUUUCCCUAUGGACCUUAACUGGCGUUCUGAAUGAAGAGAAUCCUCAACAAUUAGCCAAGGAGGAUAGCCCGGUAUAUUAA